AAUCAGUGUUAAUCUGCUUGAUUUUGUAUCACAUCUGAGAUGAACUGCAUUCUGAAAGUAGCACUAGCACUAUUAGUUAGGUUUGGUUCGUGUACCACAGACGAUAAUGAUUUUAAAUUUCCCAUUGCUGCUCUAGUGCUUGCUCGUGGAGGAUCCAAAGGCAUACCGCUGAAGAACAUCGUCGAAAUUCAACCAAAUCAAACUUUGUUGGCUCGAGCUCUAGACACAAUAGAACAGUCCGGUGUAUUUAGCUCAAUCUGGGUCUCGACAGAUCACGAACAAAUUGCUGCCGAAGCUAACCGUUACGGUGCUACGGUGUUUACCCGUUCGGCAAUGCACGCACAGGACCAUUCAACGUCAUUGGAAGCGACGCGCGAGUUUCUGGAUGCCCAUCCGGAGAUAAAACAUUUCGCUUUAAUUCAGUGCACUUCACCAUUUCUGCGGGUAGACUAUUUGGUACAGGCUGCUCAACAAAUUCGUUCGGGUGUGGACAAUUCACAGGAAAUUUCAUCGUGUACAUUCAGUGUAGUACGAAGUUAUAAGUUGCGCUGGCAGCAAGAUAUCGAAAGCGGUCGAUUACAUGCAAUUAACUUUAAUCCGUUAGCCCGCCCGAGACGCCAGGAUUGGUCGGGGGAGUUAGUGGAAACGGGUAUGUUUUACUUUUCCGAUAGACAGUUAAUCAUGGAAUUCGGUAGUUUCCAAAAUGAAAUGUGCACUGUAGUAGAAGUGGAUGAGCUUGACGCUUUGGAGAUUGAUACUCAGAGGGAUUUGACGUUGGCUCGUAUUUUGAUCGGAAUGGAAUAGUGUCGGUUCGCCGCUUCUCGGUAUUGCCAGUGUAAUUUUCUACCGUGAUGUGUUUUUAAGACGAUAAACGUGACUGGAAGCAAUCAGUAACUGUAUGCCGAUAGAA